AUGUCGGAAAAAUUGGAGAUGACAAACAUGGACAUGAAGUUGGGGACCACCCUGAAGAUCAAGGGCAAGAUUGCCAGUGAUGCUGAUGGAUUUGUGAUUAAUCUGGGCCAGGGGUCAGAGAAGCUGAACCUGCAUUUCAACCCACGCUUCCAUGAUUCUGCCAUCAUCUGCAACUCAUGGGAUGGCAACUGGGGGCAGGAGCAACGGGAAGGUCACAUGUGCUUCAGCCCAGGGUCAGAAGUCAAGAUCACCGUGACCUUUGGGAAUGACGGAUUCAAAGUGAAGCUGCCAGAUGGGCACCAGUUUACUUUUCCCAACAGGCUGGGCGACAGCCACCUGAGCUACCUGAGCGUGCAAGGCGGGUUGAAUGUCUCCUCCUUCAAGAUUGACUAA